GUUAUCAUUGAAAGCUUUCGAUUUCUCCGUUGAUUUUUUCUCCUUUCACAAAAUCUAUUUAGCCGGAUUCUGAUUCCUGUUUCUCUCCGAGCUUCACGAAUCAUCGUUUUGUUUCUGUUUUUUUUUUUGAAAAAUUUCGUGUUUCAGGAAGAAGCGAUAUAGUUGUUGGUGCAAUCAAUCAAUUCCGAAUUUUGCUUCCGGCGAAUUUUUGGGGUGAUGAUGUGUUCAUCACUCUAGGAUUGGGAGAAUUAUUUUUGAUUUUAAGUUUUGAUUCCUAGGAGUUGUGGAUUUAAUGGUUGAGGAUAUAUAUGGUGUGUUUCUUCAAUGGAUGUGAAGACGAGGUUGUUUUUGCUGUUGUUGGAGAUUGCUACUCAUGCUUGAUUAGAGUUUCUUAUUUUUUACAAGUUUUAAGUGCUUUGAGAGCUUUCUUGUGAAUUUGGUUGAGGGGGCUGAUAAUUCAAACAUGGAUGGAGAGGUUACUUCUUGGAUUAGGAGAGCUAAUUUCUCUCACACUGUUUGUUAUCGUAUGGUUAUCCCAAGCUUAGAGUCAAAUCCAGAUAGGACUUCUGGAUUGAAAAGAAUGCCUCUGAGUUCACCAGCUGAUUUGAAAUCACUUGUAGGAAUUUCACAUGCCACGACAACGCAGAAGCUGAGUUCGCGUUGUAGUAGUGUUGUUGGUACUGAGAUACAGAGAAAUCCAGUCACUAAUAAGAAGAGGUCUGUUUCUCCGUCGCCUCAUAUGGCUCUUCCCGAUUCUUUUCGGGAAGCAAAGUCUGAUAUUAAGAGGUUUUCUACUCCACAUCCUAGAAGAAUAGAAUCAGAGAAGGGAAUUAAGGCCAAGUUUUCGGGCAAGGAUUCUUUUGAGAACAAAUCGUUUAAUCUGCGGCCUUUAUCACACUCUGGUCCUAUUAGGGAUCUUAGUACUCUGAAAAUUCAAGACAAGGCAAAGAGCAAGAUAGAAAAGAGGUCUUCAAAGUCUGUUGAUUAUAGAGGUUCUAAAGUAAGUUCUGCGGGAGUGCUUGAAGAAUACCUCAUUGAUGCGUCUAAGGUGUCUUACGGGGACAAGUUUACGCAUGGGGUAUAUAGCCAGCUUUACCAUGGAGAAUACGAAGGCAAAGCUGUUGCUCUGAAGAUUAUCACUGCGCCUGACAAUAGCGACGCCAGAUUCUUGGGAGCUCGCUUAGAAAAACAGUUUACCAUGGAAGCCACACUUUUAUCUCGACUAAGCCAUCCGAACAUUGUUAAGUUUGUGGGAGUCAAUACUGGAAACUGUAUCAUCACAGAGUAUGUGCCUCGAGGGUCUUUAAGAUCAUAUUUGCAUAAGCUCGAGCAAAAAUCCCUUCCUUUGCAACAGCUAAUCGAGUUUGGUCUAGAUAUUGCAAGAGGAAUGGAAUACAUUCACUCAAGAGAGAUAGUUCAUCGGGAUCUUAAACCAGAGAACGUGUUGAUCGAAAAAGACUUCCACUUGAAGAUUGCUGACUUUGGCAUAGCGUGCGAGGAAGAGUACUGUGAUGUUUUGGGCGAUAACACAGGAACUUAUAGGUGGAUGGCACCUGAAGUGAUAAGACGGAUACCACAUGGAAGGAAGUGCGAUGUUUAUAGCUUUGGACUUAUUUUAUGGGAGAUGGUAGCUGGAGCAGUUCCAUAUGAGGAGAUGACUCCUGUCCAAGCUGCUUUCGCAGUCAUGCAUAAGAACGCUAGGCCAGUUAUACCUACAGAUUGUCCAGCUGCCAUGAAAGAGCUGAUCGAGCUAUGUUGGUCGUUGCAAACAGACAAGAGACCAGAAUUCUGGCAGAUUGUCAAAGUGUUGGAACAGUUUAAGAAAUCUCUGACAAGCGAAGGAAGACUCAACCUUUUGCCGAGCCAAAUCUGUCCAGAACUAAAGAAAGGUCACAAAUUCUGGAUUCACAAAUUGGGAUCUUCAAUCCACCACCACAGCGGUGGCGGCAGAAGCAGCCACACCUUAGGCUCAGCCUUGCCUAAGCCUAAAUUCGCCUGAAAGACUCUUUGUCAUCCUCAUUUUUUUUUGUCUAUAGGAAAAAAAAGAGCCAGUGGUUAUGUUUUUGUGUUUAAUCAACUGUCUCCGUUUUACUCUUGAUUGAUAGGGGUGGGCAAAAUACCCGUACCCGAAACCCGAACCCGACCCGAUGUAACCAGUUUGGGUUGGGUAUAUUUCAUACCAAAUAUCCGGUUGGAUGUUUAUAAUAAAUAAAUUGGGUACCCGAACCCGAUCGGGUAUAUCCGAACACCCAAAUAAA